AUGUCUCCUGAAGCACCCCUCCUCCCCCGCAUCUACACCAACAACAACGGCGCCCAACUGUCCCAAGAGUACGUCGUCUUCAACGACAUACCGGCCAAAAAUCGCAGCGAUGCCCUCGUCAAAUGGUGCGAAGAUGGCAAGGACGACCGACUCCCAUUCCCAGGCAGCGUCAUCGGUCGCGCGUGUCCGGGAUGCAGCAAAACCAUCACCCGCGCCCCCUUGUCGUACAUAUCGCACAUGCGCGGUGCUGCAGGAGCUUGGUACUGCAUCUGCCCCUUCAAAUGUCGCAAGGUUUGGUUCCCCCCCCAACCCGGCCCCACCGAGGGUCAUCUUCGACUCAUAGAAGCCCAGCGCUUCUACGACAUGGCUCGCCUCAAGAAGCCGAUCGACUACGACGAUACCCCGGAGGUGGUCGAAAUGCUCCAGUCCCUCCAGAGGGAGAUCGGCCCGGCGGAAUCGACGACCGCGGCCGAACCGGCGGUUCUCAAGAGCAAGGGCAAGUCGAAGGCGACCCCAGAAGCAGAGGUCCUCGGGGACCCUUCGGCUCGCAGGACGAAAGCGAAGGCCGAGACGACGUGCAGCGUCGUCAUAUGGAACCAAGAGGACUGCCCACCGCGUUCUUUCCCGAUGGCGGCGCCGUCUGGAAAGCUUAGCCUCAGCAAACACCCUGACUACAAGCGCAUGGUGAACCCUGAGCACCGCUACGAGAUUUUUGAAUUCACCGAGCAGGCAUGGAACAUCUUCCCUAAGGGCACGGCAAGCAUUCCCUCGAAGGCCAGUGGAAAUGUCCUCCUUCGUAGGCGCGAUGUACUCCGCUGUACGGACUUCGGCACCUAUUUCACGCGAUGGGAGGCGCAAUCUGGCCUGCGCGGUGACGAUGAGCUGAUACAAACGCUGUUCGUCGACCAUCACAACAACGCCCACGUCGCGUUGGUGUGGGACAAGGAGGACGCAAACCCCUCUGUCUAUUUCUUGCCCGCAGACGAGGAGGUUCUCCAAACGAACGUCCUACAGCUUCGCCACGCCCGUCUAUGGGACUCUUCGGGGACCGCCUGGCGCCGCCUUCACCCGAUGGAGGAUGCGACGUACUGGCUGAGGUCAGCCGACCACCGUGUCAUGCUCUUCAAGAUCGUCGACGGCAACCUCCCUGGCCUCGGAACCGCUCUUCACGGACUGGAUGUCGAGGCGGCUGCUAAUCACUCGCGUCGCAUCAAGGAGCACAAGGCGAAACAGUCGUCGGCGACUGCUCAAGCCUCCUUCGCCCUCGGAUACACCCUGGGAUCCCAGGGUGCAUCUGCUUCGUCUCAAGGCGUCAGGAUGGAGGGGAAUCUCCAUGACCUGACCGGAGAGGUGACAACGACGGUCAAGGCACUCUCUUCCAGGAUGGCUAACACGACGCCGUCGGCAGUCCGUAGCGACCGCGAAGCAGGGCCGUCUUCUGGUAUCGUGCCUACGUACGCUCGCUCGUCCGAUGCAUCUCUGUCGUACUCUGCUCGCGCCCUCUUGGAGGACGACGUCAUUGAGCUCUCCGAUUGA